UUGACGUUGGUCUCCAGAGUCCAGACCCGAUGUCAAGGCCAAAGCGAGACUUUUGCUUGUAUUUAGUUUUUUACAUUAGAAUUUGGAAGGAAAUUAGAAAGUGACUGACACAGUGAUGUGAUGACACUUCCAAAAUAUCUCAAAAAGCCAAAAGCUAGAACUUUCUCAAAUUAGGGAUUUUCCAAAUUCGAAACCUUCUUCGUCUUCAUCGACUUGCCAAGGAUUGUAAUUGAGCAACCAACCGGACGGUGUGUGUUCUCCUCAUCGUACCUUCUCAGACCACCGUCAGUGGUGGCGUUGGUGAUAAUUUCGAAUCCUAAGCUAGAAUCAACCACCGUGAAGUGGUUUUGCAGAAGACUGGAGUUGAUAGAUUCCAAAUAUGGAGACUGAAGUAGUUUCGAAACCGCAUAGGCUCAAGUUUGACGUCUUUCUUAGCUUCCGAGGCGAAGACACGCGCCACAACAUCACAGAGCGUCUCUAUGACGCGCUCAACCGCAAGGAGAAGGUCCGGGUCUUCCGCGACAACGAAGGUAUGGAACGAGGUGAUGAGAUUGCUCCGAGUCUCGUCGCAGCCAUGGAGGACUCUGCUGCCUCCGUCGUUGUCUUAUCACCUAGGUACGCUGAUUCUCACUGGUGCCUAGAUGAAUUAGCUAUGCUCUGUUCUCUGAGAGCUUCUCUGAAACGUCCCAUGAUACCCAUCUUUUAUGAGGUCGAUCCCUCUCAUGUCCGCAAACAGAGCGAUCAUUUUGUGAAGGAUUUUGAAAAACACUCGAAACGAUUUGGCGAGGAGAAGAUAGAGAGAUGGAGAGGAGCUAUGAAAUUAGUUGGGAAUCUCUCUGGAUUUGUUUGGAGAGAAGACUCGGCUGAUGAUGACAUGAUUGGGCUUGUGGUGAAAAGGGUUUUAGCUGAAGUGAGCAAUACACCAGAGACUGUGGGAGAAUACACUGUUGGGCUGGAAUCACGUGUCCAGGAUUUGAUGGAUAUGUUCGAUGUUGAAUCCAGUUCCGGCGUUCAAAUCCUGGGAAUUUACGGUAUGGGUGGUAUUGGGAAGACUACCCUUUCAAAAGCCUUCUAUAACAAGAUCAUUGGAAACUUCAAUCAUCGAGUUUUCAUCAAAAAUGUUAGAGAAAGAUCAUCAGACCAAGAUGGCAUAGUCAAUCUACAAAAAGAGUUCAUCAAUGUACUUACUUCUUUGGUACCUCAAAUAGAAGAUGUUGACAGAGGCCGGGAAAAGAUCAAAGAAAAUGUACCUGAGAAGAAGAUUCUUGCGGUUUUAGAUGAUGUUGAUAACAUAAAUCAAGUUGAUGCGCUGGUUGGUGAAACAAGAUGGUAUGGUGAAGGAAGUCUUAUAAUCAUCAUUACCAGAGAUGAAGAGAUUCUGAGUAAGCUCUCAGUGACCCAACAGUAUGAGGUCCAGUGCUUGACUGAGGAACAAGCAUUGAAACUGUUUAGUUAUCAUUCACUACGAAAGGAAAAACCAACAGAGAGUUUACUAGACUUGUCCACGAAGAUUGUCCGGAUAUCGGGGUACUUGCCACUGGCUGUUGAAGUGUUUGGUUCUCUUUUGUUUGACAAGAAGGGAGUUAAGGAAUGGCAAAUUCAACUGGGGAAGCUAAAGAACACCCAACCAGAUAAUCUUAAGGAUGUGCUGGCGCUGAGUUUCGAAUCUUUAGACGAUGAAGAAAAGAAAGUAUUCCUCGACAUUGCAUGUCUCUUUCUCAGAAUGCAAAUGACAAAAGAAGAGGUCGUUGAGGUACUGAAAGGAUGUGGGUUUAACGCUGAGGCUGCUCUCAGUGUCCUCAGACAGAAAUCUCUUAUUAAGAUCUUUGCAGACAAUACUCUUUGGAUGCAUGAUCAGAUUAGAGACAUGGGUAGGCAGAUGGACCUUAUAGAAAUUCCUGGGGAUUCUACAAUGCGAAGUAGAUUCUGGGAUCGUACUGAAAUUAUGACCUUAUUGAACAAUAUGAAGGGAACAUCAUCCAUCCAAGGAAUCAUAUUUGACUUCAAAAAGAAGACUUCUUGGGACUCGAGUGCAGAGGAUAUUGCGGUGAGGAAUUUGCAGAACAAUCCGGGAAUCAAAUCUAUGUAUAGUUACCUGAAGAAUAAAUUUAUACCAUUUCAAGAAGAGGAAAAGCCAAAAUGUUAUGAAAUCACCAUUCGGGUAGAGCCUUUCGUUCCAAUGAAUAAGUUGAGACUUCUUCAGAUUAAUCAUGUGAACCUGGAAGGAAAUCUUAAACUUCUCCCAUCUGAACUCAAGUGGAUACAGUGGAAAGGUUGCCCGUUAGAAAAUCUCCCUCCGGAUUUUCUUGCUGGGCAAAUUGCUGUUGUUGAUCUUUCAGAGAGUAGAAUAAGACGAGUCCAGAAUAUUCAUAGUAAAGGGGUUGAUGAGAAUUUGAAGGUUCUAAAUUUGCGUGGCUGCCACAGCUUAGAAGCCAUUCCUGAUUUGUCAAACCAUAAAGCCCUAGAGAAGCUUGUUCUUGAGCGAUGCAACCUCCUGGUGAAGGUUCCUAGAUCAGUUGGUAAUCUAAAAACGUUACUUCAGCUGGACCUCAGAAACUGUUCAAAUCUUUCUAAAUUUCUUGUGGAUGUUUCUGGGCUGAAGCGUCUUGAAAAACUUUUCCUCUCUGGCUGUUCAAAUCUUAGUGUGUUACCAGAAAACAUUGGUGCCAUGCCAUGUUUGAAAGAGCUCCUUCUUGAUGGAACUGCUAUAAAGAACUUACCAGAAUCUAUUUACCGCCUCGAAAAUCUUGAAAAGCUUAGUCUAAAGGGUUGCAGAUCUAUUAAAGAGCUACCUUUGUGCAUAGGAACAUUGACAUCACUGGAAGAACUAUAUCUUGAUGGUACUGGAUUGCAAACUCUUCCGAAUUCUAUUGGAUAUCUAAAAAGUCUCCAGAAGCUGCAUUUGAUGCACUGUGCAUCCCUUUCUAAGAUACCUGACACUAUCAAUGAGCUCAAAUCAUUGAAGGAAUUAUUUCUCAAUGGAAGCGCAAUGGAAGAGCUACCUCUAAGCCCUGGUUCACUGCAAUGUCUGACUGACUUCUCAGUAGGAGGUUGCAAUUUCUUGAAACAGAUUCCGAGUUCAAUUGGUGGAUUAAAUUCUCUUCUUCAACUUCAGCUGGAUAAGACCCCAAUUGAAACUCUACCAGAGGAGAUUGGUGCCUUGCACUUUAUUCGCAAACUUGAGUUGAGGAACUGCAAAUCGCUAAAGGUUUUACCUGAAUCAAUCAGAGAUAUGGACACACUUCAUAGCUUAUAUCUUGAAGGCUCUAGCAUUGAGAAACUGCCGGAAGAGUUUGGAAAGCUGGAAAACCUAGUCUUGCUCAGAAUGAACAACUGUAAAAAGCUUAAGAGGCUUCCUGAAUCAUUUGGAGACUUGAAGUCUCUUCACCAUCUGUUUAUGCAGGAAACUUCGGUGACAAAGUUGCCAGAAAGUUUUGGAAACCUUUCAAAUCUAAGGGUAUUGAAGAUGUUGAAGAAACCUCUUUUUAGAAGCUCUGAGAGUGAAGAACCUCAUUUUGUAGAAGUACCAAAUUCUUUCUCAAACCUCUUGUUGCUUGAGGAUCUGGAUGCUCGUAGUUGUGGAAUAUCCGGUAAAAUCCCAGAUGUUCUUGAGAAGAUGUCGUCUGUGAAAAUACUGAAUCUGGGGAAUAAUUAUUUUCACAGCCUUCCGACUAGCCUCAAGGGGUUAUCAAAUCUCAAAAACCUUUCAUUGUAUGACUGCCGAGAGCUCAAGUGUCUCCCUCCUCUUCCGUGGAAACUGGAGCAGCUAACUCUGGCAAACUGCUUUUCAUUGGAAAGUAUAUCCAACCUUUCCAACUUGAAGAUCUUGCAUGAGCUCAAUUUCACAAACUGUGAGAAAGUGAUUGAUAUUCCAGGCCUAGAGCACUUGACGGCUCUGCAAAGAUUAUACAUGAGUGGCUGUAACUCCACCUGCUCCCUUGCAGUAAAGAAAAGACUAUCCAAGGCUUCUUUGAAAUUGCUGAGGAAUCUGAGCUUGCCUGGAAACAGAAUCCCUGACUGGUUUUCACAGGGACCUGUCACGUUUCUAGCUCAACCGAACAGAGAGCUAACAGGCGUAGACCUUGCUGUUGUUGUGGCUCUUAAACACGAAACAAGAGAUGACUACCAGCUGCCUGAUGUGGUGGAGGUUCAAGCCCAAAUUCUCAAACUUGGCGAAGCCUUAUGCACCCACACAUUGAACCUCUCUGGAGUUCCUAGAACAAGUAAUGAUCAACUCCACAUCUGUCGUUACUCAGCUUUGCACCCAAUGUUUAUGACGAUAAAAGACGGGUAUACCAUCCAAGUGAUCAAACGACAACCACCAAUCAAACAAGGCGUGGAGUUAAAGAUCCAUGGGAUUCAUCUGGUUUACGAAGGGGAUGAUGAUUUUAAAGGCGAAGAACAUUUGUUAACCGAGACACAACAAUCCGUCUCUCAGAAACUUGCCAGUUUUUUCCGCUCUUUCAAAGGAGGUGAAGCCAGCUCAGAAAGUUAAUCUACUGUUACAUGAUCUGCUACAACAGAGAAGUUAUCAAAACUGCUCACAAUCAAUAUUAUCUAUACAAACUGUUGGUUGCUCAGGUAUGAUGUUUCCUUCAAACAGGUAAGCCACUAAAUAGCAAAACUGAAAACAUUUCUUUAUAGUUUUCCUACUUUAUUCCCUCAACCAGACAUAUUAAGGAACUACACUAUAACUUUCUUCAAACUCCAAGAAAUCUCAAUUAGUUUAAUGUCUCAGGUUUUGUUAACGACUUACAUGCAAUCUUGUGAAAUUCUCAUUGUAGGUUUCUUUGAAAAUGCUGCGGAAUCUUAGCUUGCCUGGAAACAGAAUCCCGGAAUGGUUCUCACAAGGCCCUGGUACAUGCUCAGCUCAACCGAACAGAGAACUCAGAGGUGUAAUCCUGGCCGUUAAUGUGGCCCUUAACCAUGAAACCGCAGAUGGUGGCGGUUCGAGUCCAAGUUUUCCAACUUGAUCUCGCGCACAGAUUUUCCCACACAUCGAACCUGUGUCGAGUGCCUAGAACAAGUAAUGAUCAACUCCACAUCUGCCAAUACACUCAGCUCUGCACCCAAUGGUUACGAUGUUGAAGAUGGGUACACCAUACAGCCAGGUGAUCAAACCAGAACUGACAAUCAAAAAAGUUGAGCUAAAGAUGCAUGGGAUUCAUCUGGUUUAAGAGGGUGAUGAUGAUAUUACUUGAAAAGAAGAUUGCUUAACUGAGACAAACGGUUUCUCAAAAACGCUACCAACUUUUUCAAAGAAGGUGAAACGAGCUCAGAAGUUGAUUCUAGAGUUACAUGAACUGCUAGUCUGCUACCCCAGAGAAGUUAAGAAAGUGCACACAAACUGUUGCUCAUAUAGGAGACAUGGUAAUGUAGCGUGUCCAAACUGGGAUUUAGCUUUUGUGUUCGUCUUAUUACAUUUUCUCCAUUUCUCCAUAUUUUCUUUUUCUCAAACUUAUUUGUCUUUUUAAGAUUAUUCCUAUGCUUUUAUAAUUAAUAAAAACCAAAAAGAAGAAGCUCUUGUUUCCCACAAUUUGGCGAUUCUGAUCCCAAACAGUGAAAAGAUGAUGUGUAGUAUAUGUAAAAUGUACUUGUGCAUAGAAUAAAAAGAUGAAAUGGGAACCAAAUUUCAAUUCUCA